AGACGCGGAUCUGAUUGAGUGAGUGAUUCCACUGACUUAAACUCUUUAGAUUCACGGGUUACAGACAGUCUUUUCAGACUAUUCACACUUCACAUCAUCAUCAUCAUCAGCAGCAGUAUAAUCAGGUGUAGUCGUGAUCAAACGAUGUCUACAGCAGCUGAGCGCAGUGAGUCUGAGCGCGCGCCUGUCGCUCGAGCCGCCUGGGCUUCGAAAGCAUCGAGCUUCGACAGAAUCGAUCUGAACCAUGAGAUGAAGGACAGCAGCCCAGCAGGGAAGCAGGGGAAAGCGCUGCGUGUCUUCUUCCGGAAGCUGUGCAAGGCUGUGAAGCGGCCGGACAGAGUGGUGCGUCUCACAGCGCAGACGGACGCUCAUCUGGACGAUCCCGGGGUGACGGCUGUCCCGGGUCCGACGGCCGUUCCUGAGCUGCUGUGUCUGCCGGGUCAGGUGUGUGAAGAUCCGGAGCCACGUUCCUCCGGGAUCAGAGAGCCAACGCUUCUCCCAGAUCUCUGUCACAAAAAAGCUAAGAAAGGAAGGAAGAGGAGAGUCUUCUUCCGGAGAGCUUGUGAGGCUGUGAAGCAGCUCUUCCCCUGCUGCGACCCGGACAGAGUCCAGCCUCCUAAAGCGGAGCCGGAGCCGGAGCCGGACCGACCCCAGCUCGUUCUGCCGGAGCAGGACCGGGUCUCUGCAGACCUCCAGUCGUCUCGUGAGGAAGAAGCUCCCUCCGAGAUCCAGGCUCACGAUGCAGUUCUGUCCGGUUCAGCAUCUGGUCCAGUGUCCGGUCCGGUGUCUGAUUCAGUUCCUGGUCCAGUGUCCGGUUCAGAGUCCGGUCCAGUGUCCGGUCCGGUGUCCGGCCUGGUCUCCGGUUCAGAGUCCGGUAGGGUGUCCGGUUCAGAGUCCGGUCCGGUGUCAGAAACAGCACCGGACACAGUGUCGCCUGAUCCAGAAGUCCAGCUGCCUCAAGGAUCCGUCGUGUCUUUGUUUGAAGUGGGACAUCUGAUCGCAUCAGGGAGCUUCAGCAAGGUCUAUGAGGGAACACACAUAUUCAGCGACAAAGUGAAGGUUGCUCUGAAGUGUGUCCCCAAGCGCAGAGCGGACCGCUAUCUUGACAUUCCUGGUCACUCCAAACCUGUGCUUGCUGAAGCGGCUCUGAUGCUGCGGCUGGGAGAAGCGCCCUCGUGCCCCAACAUCAUGGAGCUACACCAGUGGCUGGAGGACGAGAGCAGCUUCACUCUCAUUAUGGAGUACCCUGAACCCUGCAGGACCUUGGAGGAUUACAUCUUGUUCUCCGGCCCCGUCAGUGAAGCACAAGCACGCUUGUUCAUGCUUCAGGUGCUUCAAGCGGUCAAACACUGCCAUGAGCGUGGAGUUUAUCACGGUGAUAUCCGCUCGAGGAACAUCCUGGUGACUCUCCACAGUCUGGAGCUCAAGCUCAUCGACUUCCGCUGCGCUCGUCUGAUCAGCAGCGAGGGCUUUAACAGCAGCCAAUACCAAGGAUCAGACGCAUACACCCCGCCUGAGGUCCUCGGCCAGUCCAUAUUCCACGCCGCAGCAGCAGACGUCUGGGCGCUGGCGGUUCUGCUCUUUGAGAUCAUUCACAGAUAUCUGCCCUUCGAAAGCUUUGAUGCCAUUCAGCACGGCUACCUCAGGAUGGGUCCCACCUUAUCCACAGCGUGCCAUGACCUGAUUUUCCACUGCUUGAGCCGUAAUCCAGUUCACCGGCUGACGCUCCAGCAGCUGGAGGAGCACCGCUGGAUGAAAGCCUAGACUGCAAGAAGGCCGGGAUCUCGAUGUGCAUCAGACAGAGCAGAGCGGAGGAGUUUAAUGAGUGACCGGCGGCGUCUCGAGGAGUCUCAGGAGAUGCGGCGAGACUCUGGAGCUGCAGGUAAAUUAACGACGGUGUUCACAUGCACAUCAGAGCAUCAGCAGACGGCAAAGCAGCGUUUGUGUUCACAUGCUCGUAUUCUGAACCCACGAACACCUGCAGCUCCGUCAGUGAUCGACCGCUCGAAACACAAAGAACCACGAGAAAUACUUCACAACGCUGCUGUCUGUAGAAAUGAGAAAGAUCAUAAGAAAUUCUAAAAUUAGACAUUCAGAAGUGCAUGUAAACAUAGUCACAUAAUUAGUGCGUCACAAAUUAUUAAUGUAAGAAACGUAAAAAAAAAAUGGUUUUUUAAAUAAUAUUUCAGAAAGUAAAUGUAGUCAAACACUUAGUGCUUUAUUAGUAAUAUUGAAGUAAAAAAUUUAAAUAAAAAAAGUCCACCACGUUAUAAAAUUUCAGAAAGUAAAACUAAUUGGUGGCUUACAGUGACAUUAACGU